AUGAGUUGUCUCGAUAAGGUCAUUAAGAGUGGAAGACAGGAUUGCUAUCGACAAUUUUUUCUUCUCAACACCACGGAUUUGUCACUCUUGUUUAAUGUGGACACGAAGAAACAUGUCAUCAAAACUGAGGGAGUGAAUACUUCAACACAUUCCACAAUGACGACAAUGAUUUCAACAACAAAUUCCAUCACUCCCAAACAAGAACGGCCUGUUGUGAAAUCAAACUCCUCAAGUAGUUCCUUAAUACCACCUUCAUCACCCACAGAGAGUUUAAUAUCAAUUCGACCACCACCACCACCUCAACAACAACAACAACAAACUCUCUCAACCAAUAAUCAUUCUUCCUCUCAAGCAACAACAACAUCAACAACUACGACAUUAGGACCAAAGAUGUUGACAGAUUCAACCACCCACUCGACUACUCUUCUUCCAAAUACAGAUUCAACUCAAUUACUGAAUUUACCUAUCAAGCAAGAACCAACGAGCAAGCAAAGGAAAUUAAAAUUUACGUCUCAAGUACGAACGGAUCUCAUUGUUUAUUGGAAAGAUCAUCCAUCCGAGAGUGGAACUAAUUUCUUCAAGUCUGAUGAAACAAUUAAAAAGUUUCUUAGACAUGCAUCUCUCGAUGACUCGUACAUUACAACACUGAAGAAUAAUGCAGGAUCCAUAUUGUUAGAGUAUGAAAAAGCAAUGAAGAACUAA